UGCGCGGUUAGGACCGCGUCCGCCGCCUCCCUCCCUCCUUCCCACCCCGAAAUUACCCUCUGCAAGGCGGGACGUCCUCACCGGACUCUAAGAGGAGGCGUCCUAGGAAGAGCAGCGGCUUGGGGGCAUGGAAUCCACAGCGCCAACCGGUCAGGCCCGGGCUGCGGCCACCAAACUCUCCGAAGCGGUGGGCACGGCGCUGCAAGAGCCCCAGAGACAGCGGCGCCUGGUGCUGGUCAUCGUGUGCGUGGCCCUGUUACUGGACAACAUGUUGUACAUGGUCAUCGUACCUAUCGUGCCCGACUACAUCGCCCACAUGCGCGGGGGCAGCGAGAGCCCCACCUUGGUCUCGGAGGUGUGGGAACCCACCUUGCCGCCGCCCCCCGCUACGGCUAAUGCCAGCUCCGACUUCGCCAACACCUCGGCGUCCCCGACGACGGCGGCGGGGCCAGCCCGGUCCAUCCUACGACCCCGCUACCCGACGGAGAGUGAAGACGUAAAGAUAGGGGUGCUCUUUGCCUCCAAAGCCAUCCUGCAGCUGUUGGUGAACCCCUUGAGCGGGCCCUUCAUCGACCGCAUGAGCUACGACGUGCCCCUGCUUAUUGGCCUGGGCGUCAUGUUCGCCUCCACAGUCAUGUUCGCCUUCGCGGAGGACUAUGCCACCCUCUUCGCCGCCCGCAGCCUGCAGGGCCUGGGCUCGGCCUUCGCCGACACGUCUGGCAUCGCCAUGAUAGCGGACAAGUAUCCGGAGGAGCCCGAGCGCAGUCGCGCCCUGGGCGUGGCGCUGGCCUUCAUCAGUUUCGGAAGCCUCGUGGCACCUCCCUUCGGGGGCAUCCUCUACGAGUUCGCGGGCAAGCGCGUGCCCUUCCUCGUGCUGGCCGCCGUGUCGCUCUUCGACGCGCUGUUGCUGCUGGCCGUGGCCAAACCCUUCUCGGCCGCGGCCCGGGCGCGGGCCAACCUGCCCGUGGGCACGCCUAUCCAUCGUCUGAUGCUGGACCCUUACAUCGCGGUGGUGGCCGGCGCGCUCACCACCUGUAACAUUCCCCUCGCCUUCCUCGAACCCACCAUCGCCACGUGGAUGAAGCACACGAUGGCCGCCUCCGAGUGGGAGAUGGGCAUGGCCUGGCUGCCGGCUUUCGUGCCGCACGUGCUGGGCGUCUAUCUCACCGUGCGCCUGGCGGCGCGCUACCCGCACCUGCAGUGGCUGUACGGAGCCAUCGGGCUGGCGGUGAUCGGGGCCAGCUCGUGCAUCGUGCCCGCCUGCCGCUCCUUCGCGCCACUGGUGGUCUCGCUCUGCGGCCUGUGCUUUGGCAUCGCCCUGGUGGACACCGCGCUGCUGCCCACGCUCGCCUUCCUGGUGGACGUGCGCCACGUCUCGGUGUACGGCAGCGUCUACGCCAUCGCUGACAUCUCCUAUUCCGUGGCCUACGCGCUCGGGCCCAUCGUGGCUGGCCACAUCGUGCACUCUCUGGGCUUUGAGCAGCUCAGCCUUGGCAUGGGCCUGGCCAAUCUGCUCUAUGCGCCGGUCCUGCUGCUCCUGCGGAACGUGGGUCUCCUGACGCGCUCCCGUUCGGAGCGGGACGUGCUGCUGGACGAGCCCCCGCAGGGGCUGUACGAUGCGGUGCGCCUGCGCGAGCGCUCCGUGCCUGCCACCCACGACGGCGAGCCUUGCAGCCCGCCUGGCCCUUUUGAUGGGUGUGAGGACGACUGUAACUACUAUUAUACCCGCAGCUAACAGCCUCACUCCUCCUCUUCCUCCACGCCACCCAUCCUCCUCACUUGGUUCACGGUGGCUGCUCCGGGGCGAGCGCACUGGCCAACUCAGGUUCAGGGCCCGCCUCCUCCAGCGAGUACCCUAGCCCCUCCUCAUUCUUGAUGGGAGAAUCCCCUCUCUCCGUGAUCCUCCUCUCUCUUAUCCAGCGGGGAAGGGCGGGGUUGGGGGCACCGAGGCAUGAGUCAAGAUUGCGCUUCUGGCCGAGGUGAAGACUGUGGAGCCAUCACCUCGGAGCUCCCCAGUGCCGGUGCAUCUGUUUUGUCCUUUCUUCUGUUCCUCUCCCAGUGCCAAACGUGGCCUGCUGGCACAGCGGUGCCUCAGGCCCGAGUUAAUAAACCAUGUCUGUCUGAGGAAA